AUCUACUGGGAGAAAGAGUUAAUGUUUUGAAUCUCAUGUGGCUCUUCAGAGCAGAUUGCUUUUGCUAAUCUGCUCCAUUCUCUCAGUUCUGGAGGACUUGAAUCAUGUGGUUGCAGUAAUUUUGAUAUAUAUCCUUCAUCUCUGUCAGGAUUCUCCCGGUACUCCGCGUGGUCCGGGUGAAUGGGACGGUCCAUAUCCCUCAUACUGUGUAAACUGCUCAAACAUCAUCUCACUGCACGGACUGAGCGGGCGACCUUCAAAGGAGAUCGAGGGAAAAUAAACAUUCACAUCAAUCAGAUCGCGGUGGAUGGUGCGGCUGGAAUCUGUUGUUUGGAAACAGGGCCGGUGCGGAGCAGGCACUGGGGUCAUUCAUUGGAAGUGAUCAUCUGUGGUUCGGCCAACAUUUACUGCCUCUCCCUGAUUGUCCUGGAAGUUGGUGGUGAGACAUCUUCUUGAACAGUUUGAACCAGUGAGACGCACACUGUUAUUAGGAGGGGAAUUCCAGAAAUUUGGCUCUGCGACAGUGAACGAAUGGCAAGGUUUCCAUGUCUGAUCAAAACCCUUUGGAACAGAUGAUUUGAAUGCUGGUGUAUCUUUGAUUUUCAGAUAAUGGGCUGCGUGCAUUGUAAAGAGAAGACAUCAACAAAAUCCCAAGCUGAAGAUGGGGAUGGGUUCUUUAAUCAAAACACGAACCCACGCUAUGGACCAGAUCCUACCAACCAGCCCCAGACUGCAGUCUUCACAAGGAUUCCUGAUUUUAACAGCUUCCAUGACACCACGAACACUUCACUGACUCCCUUUGGUGGUUCUGUUGGCUACCCAACUGGGUCACUCCCAACAAGAGGUGGAGGAUUACCAGGUGGUGUGACCCUGUUUAUUGCACUGUACGAUUAUGAUGCCAGGACAGAGGAUGACCUCACCUUCAAGAAAGGGGAAAAAUUCCACAUUAUCAACAGCUCAGAAGGAGAUUGGUGGGAGGCUCGAUCGUUGACAACUGGGAGAACGGGAUAUGUCCCCAGUAAUUAUGUGGCUCCUGUCAACUCCAUUCAAGCUGAAGAAUGGUACUUUGGUAAGAUGGGUCGGAAAGAUGCUGAGCGCAUGCUGCUGUGCCCUGGUAACCCUCGGGGCACCUUCCUGAUACGGGAGAGUGAAACAACCAAAGGUGCCUACUCCUUAUCUAUUCGGGACUGGGAUGAGGUGAAAGGAGAUCAUGUGAAACAUUAUAAAAUUCGUAAACUCGAUAAUGGUGGGUAUUACAUCACAACAAGAGCCCAGUUUGACACUGUCCAGCAGCUGGUACAUCAUUAUACAGAGCGAGCUGCAGGCCUGUGCUGUCGCUUGGUGGUGCCAUGUCACAAGGGCAUGCCGAAACUGGCAGACCUUUCGGUCAAAACCAAAGAUGUGUGGGAGAUACCUCGGGAGUCCUUGCAGCUGAUCAAGAAGCUGGGCAAUGGGCAGUUUGGGGAAGUGUGGAUGGGAACGUGGAACGGCACCACAAAGGUUGCAGUGAAGACUCUGAAACCUGGCACAAUGUCACCCGAGGCAUUUCUUGAGGAAGCCCAAAUAAUGAAGAGACUGAGACAUGACAAAUUGGUUCAGCUGUACGCAGUAGUUUCCGAGGAGCCCAUCUACAUCGUCACAGAAUUCAUGACUCAAGGAAGCUUGCUUGAUUUUCUAAAGGAUGGUGAUGGAAGGAUAUUAAAACUCCCACAGCUGGUUGAUAUGGCAGCACAGAUUGCAGCAGGAAUGGCCUAUAUCGAGAGAAUGAAUUACAUUCACCGAGAUUUAAGGGCUGCUAAUAUACUUGUAGGAGAAAACCUUGUGUGCAAGAUUGCAGAUUUUGGGCUGGCAAGACUUAUUGAAGAUAACGAAUACACGGCCCGGCAAGGGGCCAAGUUUCCAAUAAAGUGGACAGCACCUGAAGCUGCUCUUUUUGGAAAGUUUACAAUCAAGUCAGACGUGUGGUCAUUUGGGAUUCUAUUGACAGAGCUGGUUACCAAAGGAAGAGUUCCAUAUCCAGGAAUGAACAAUCGCGAAGUUUUGGAGCAGGUGGAGCGAGGAUAUCGAAUGCCAUGUCCGAACGCCUGUCCGGGUUCUCUUCAUGACCUGAUGAUCCAAUGUUGGAAGAAAGACCCAGAAGAAAGGCCGACCUUUGAAUACUUACAGUCCUUCCUUGAGGAUUACUUCACAGCAACAGAACCCCAGUACCAGCCUGGGGAAAACCUGUAGAAACUCUCUGGCAACUGGAACACUCCUUAGCCAAUGACAAACCAUUUUUCUGAUCAACUGUGUUCCAAGGCUGCUGAGCCUGGAGACUGUGCUGUAAUGUAAUCGCAGCCUAAACACUGGAGGAACACAUCAAAUAUGAGAGCUACCAUCACACAUGUCCAAUUAACAGAACACCCAAAUAGUUUUGGGGUUAACGGCCUCCGCUUUCUUUGCCGCAAUUAAUUUUUCUUUCAUUGUUAAAGGCAGAACUCAGCAAAACGGUUCCAGGGUGGGGGUGGGUGUGUUCAGUGAGUUAUGGCAGAGAUGUACUGAUGUUGUUCAGCAGUGUUGGGCUCCAGAGACUGGGUAUUCCAUGGACUUGACAGGGUCUGUCAGCAGAAUCCAGAGCACAGCCAUUGCCUGUGGUUUCCAGCCAGUGAUUUGGUGUGUUGCUGUCAAACACACUGUGUAGGAAGACGACUGAUCUGCUAUGCUUAUUUAACAAUGUUGCAUUGGACCAUGCUAAUUCUUUUCCUUCUUAAUUAAUAUUUCACUGUGCAAUUAUAUUUGAUUUACCAUAUUUCCAGAAAUAUUUUACUCUGAGAUUUGUACAAUUUUGUAGGCCCAACACCUGAGGAAAUGCUUUUUGAAAAGAUAAGUUUUAUACACUGGUGUAAGGCCAGCAAAGAUGGCCUAGUUUAGUCACUGAAUAGCAUGUACUUAUACUGUAAAUACAGUCUGUUUAGUACCAGUGUUAAAGUAAGGAUUACCAAGAAGGAGCCCAAUGUACAUGACAUGGUAUAGGAGAGUGUGACGCUAUGAAGUUUAAGUCUCUGGGUAUUUGUGAACAGGGCAACAGUUUUAUAGGAUGAAUAUCUGAAAAGAUAAUGAUGUACUGGCUGCCUGAAAUAUUGUCAUUUAGAGGAAUUGCUCCCAGGUGGGAAGCUGCGUCACAUCAAUCCCAAGGAUGAUAGUGGUCUGUCCGUAUUGGUGACCUCAGCCAUCGAGCAUCCUGACUGAAAGAUGCUGCUUGAGGGUUUCUGCUGCCCCUGUGCUUGCAGUUUCUGGUUAGGUGGACGCUGUCAAUUAGCACCUGAACAAAAUCUUCAAACACAUCGAGACAACACUGGUACUCUGCGACACCCAUUGCCUUCAGAGAAAGGCUUGCAUUGUAAGAAAAUAUAAGGUCAAACCAUCAGCAGUGCUGGCCAUUUUCAAUCUACCCUGCGAUGACAGAACUGUGACUGUCCAGAGGAUUGAAACGUGUUUCCCGAUUUCUUCAGCGAUGAAAAUCAGCUUGUUUGGAAUAACCAAGAAGCUUCAGGUUCAAAAUCUAAUCCAAUCAAAUUUCAGCAAGUGUUUGGAGCGAAAAGGAACUGGAUUUAAUUUUUUUUUUAAAGUUCGACUGUGCUUUAUUUAAAUGUUUUUUCACCUUCCUAACAUGAUCUGGAUCGGCUAUCUGAUUGUUAUUUUCUCAUUGUUUCUGGCGCAAAUUACAUCAGGUUACGUUUUCGCUUGCUCUAAACUCUGCAUUAUUUCUUAACGUGUCAUAGAAUAGAGACACUUUUAGUGGACUUUCUUUCCAAAAAAAAGCUUUGUACAGCUUUUGUUGCGCAUCAUGUAAAUUUGUUACUUUGGCGUGUUCACAAGUGACUCAAUUGCAACAAAAUACAAUUGAAUUAAAAUUACUUUUACAGUCAA